GGAGACAGCAGAUUCGGAUCAGAUCAUGUCUGCUCAUCUGUUCGCGUCUGUGUUGAUAGCAUAUCCGGGUUCAGAUAACUUUAUGAGCUUCAUAUAGUAGAUGAAUAUCAUUGAGCUGUGUUUGCGUUCCUGUAGAUGCAGCGUCUCCGCAGGGAAGCUUUUGAUCAGUGAAGCUAUCAGUGGCAAAUUACACCCUACCAAAGCAAACAUGGCCUCUGAUAUCAACUAUCAGGAUGGCCCAGAUUUUUCUGGAAGAGCCGAGAGCCCCACUGAAGAUGAGCCCAUCUGCUCACCUGGUUCCCCAAGGCAGACCGAAUAUGAACGGAUCGGAGGAAGAACAGGAUCCUCUUUUUUUCAGACCAUAAUUCAUUUACUAAAAGGAAAUAUUGGCACGGGACUGCUCGGAUUGCCUCUGGCUGUCAAGAAUGCAGGACUCGUGGUGGGGCCUUUAAGUCUUCUGGCCAUGGGAAUAGUGGCUAUACAUUGCAUGAACCUCCUUGUGAAAUGUGCACAUCAUCUAAGCGUAAAGAUGGGCAAGCCCUUUCUUUCCUAUGGAGAUGCAGUGGAGCAUGGCAUGGAGAACGUGCCAUGGCUGAGCAGACACUCUUUGUGGGGAAGGCGUGUGGUAAAUAUGUUCCUCAACAUAACCCAGCUGGGCUUCUGCUGCGUGUACUUUGUGUUCCUCAGUGACAAUGUCAAACAGGUGGUUGAGACUGCCAAUGCGACAACAGUGAACUGUCACAACAACGAGACAGCAGUGACUGUCCCCAGCUACGACUCUCGCCUCUACAUGCUCUUCUUCCUUCCCUUUAUCAUCGUGUUGGUGUUUAUCCGCAACCUCAAGUACUUGGCUCCUCUGUCGUUUGUAGCAAACAUUUCCAUGUGUGUCAGCCUGGUCCUCAUAUACUACUACUGUCUGACGAAUAUCCCAUACCCCAUCAACCUCCCGCUGGCCGGACGGGCAGUUGACUAUCCUCUCUUCUUUGGAACGGCAAUAUUCGCCUUUGAGGGAAUUGGAGUUGUGCUACCACUUGAGAAUAAGAUGCAGAAUCCCAGAAAGUUCCCCAUGGUUCUGUACCUUGGCAUGGGCAUCGUCACCACCCUCUACAUCUCCCUGGGCACCAUCGGCUACAUUGGCUUUGGAGAGCAAAUUCGGGGCAGCAUCACAUUAAACUUACCGUUGUGCUGGCUAUAUCAGGUCGUGAAGCUGCUGUACUCUUUCGGGAUCUACAUCACCUACGCUCUGCAGUUCUACGUGUCAGCAGAAAUCCUGAUCCCGCCGGCGGUGGCGCGCUGCGGCCCCAGGUGGGCGGUGAUGGUGGACCUCUGCAUCCGCGUGGCUCUCGUAGGCCUCACAUGUGUUCUCGCCAUAUUGAUCCCGGAGCUUGACCUAGUCAUCUCUCUGGUGGGCUCCGUGAGUAGCAGCGCUCUGGCCCUCAUCAUUCCUCCCCUGCUUCAGAUCAUCACCUUCCAUAAUGAAGACAUGAAGCUCUGGGUCAUGGUGAAGGACAUCGGCAUCAGCCUCAUUGGCCUUGUGGGCUUUGUGGCGGGGACGUACAUCUCCAUCCAGGAGAUUGUGGCACGGAACGGCAGCAGACACAACAGCACGCACCUUCAGCUCCUGUGAAUGUUGACCGAGUGACAGAUUAAAUGGAGGCCGUACAGACCCACUGAAUCAUUUACUCACUACAGGCUCCUUUGAUUUCUGCUGAAUUCCUCUUGGGAUUCUUCGUACUGAAUGUCCGUAGAUGGCUCAUGGAUUUUUGAUGUGCUUUUGUCUUUCAGUUUUUGCAGCACUGAAGUCUUAUAGUAUCGAGUUUCCCAAGUUACAUUGGUUUUAAAGUCACUGUUUUAAAAUUUUGGGUAAAACAUAGCCAAAUGUAAAGC